UUCAAAACUAGUGGUAAAAAUCCCACAAAAAAUCGACUUCGUUCUGUUCCUCUCUCGUUUCUCAACAUUUUCUCUUGUUCCUCUCUCUUUACAACUACAGGGCAGUUCGGACUGAAGCCUAGAUAAACCCCUAAACCAAUGUCAAACAUCGUAGUACUCGACAAUGGUGCUGGUCUAUGCAAAGCUGGAAUCGCCGGUGAAAGAGAUCCAUCAGUAAUAGUACCCAACUGCCUAGGUCGUCCAAUCGCUUCAAAAAAAUGGCUAAUUGCAGACCAACUCCACACCUGCGAAGACCUAACAUCAGUUUCCAUCCGUCGUCCUUUUGAUCGAGGUUACCUUAUAAACCCAGAUUUGCAAAAAGAAAUCUGGGAACGUAUCUUCCGUUCUUUACUUCACAUUGAUCCUACACAUUCUACACUCCUUUUGGUUGAACCUUUGUUUAAUUUACCAUCGAUUCAACGUUCUAUUGAUGAAAUUGUUUUUGAAGAUUUUGGAUUUCAGUCUUUGUUUGUUGCUGAUUCUCCUUCUUUAGUUCAUUUGUAUGAAACGAGCCGGUGUAGAGGGGAUGAAUUGUUAGGGAAAGGGCAAUGUAGUCUUGUUGUUGAUUGUGGGUUUAGUUUUACUCAUGCUGCUCCUGUUUUGCAAAAUUUUACUAUUAAUCAUGGUGUCAAAAGACUUGAUUUAGGUGGGAAGGCGUUGACGAAUUAUUUGAAAGAACUUGUUUCGUAUCGAUCGAUUAAUGUUAUGGAUGAGACUUUUAUUAUGGAUGAUGUUAAGGAGAAGCUUUGUUUUGUUUCUCUUGAUGUUCCGCGUGAUCUUCAAAUUGCCAGGAGUCGAGGAAAGGACAAUCUGUUCAGGUCCUCGUAUGUCCUCCCUGAUGGUAUCGAACAUAUGAAGGGUUUCGUAAAAGACCCUGAUCAAGCAAAGAGAUACCUCACUCUAGAGGAUGGGUUGCCUCUGGAAACAAAUGAAGAUAUGAAUCGUCCUCGGAGUAAUAAAGAAAAAGCAGAAGAAAGGAAGAAAGUUGAUUUGACAAAAAAUGAGUUUGACCUAACCAACGAGAGGUUUCUUGUUCCUGAGAUGAUUUUUCAGCCCGCUGAUUUGGGAAUGAACCAAGCUGGACUAGCAGAAUGCAUUGUCCGAGCUGUUAAUUCAUGUCAUCCUCAUUUACAUCCAGUACUCUAUGAAAGCAUCAUUUUGACAGGGGGGAGCACUUUGUUUCCCCGGUUUGCUCAAAGGCUAGAAAGGGAUCUUCGGCCGCUCAUUCCUGACGAUUACCAAGUGAAGAUUACUACUCAGGAAGAUCCAAUAUUAGGGGUAUGGAGAGGGGGGUCACUUUUGGCAUCUAGCCCAGAUUUCGAGUCAACAUGUGUCACAAAAUCUGAAUACGAGGAGUAUGGAUCUGCUCGUUGUCGCAGAAGGUUUUUUCACUGAGCUGAGGUGAAAGAGCUUGGAGUUGGCUCUUUCUCGCCUAUUUGAAGGUCGUCACAUAUUGGAGAACAAGCUGCAGAUUUAUCAAUCAACAAAAGAUCUGAGAGUUAUGGUAACUUCAUAGGUCAACUGCAAGCAUUGCUGAAGAAGAUGUUGCAAAUAUAUCUAUGUGCCAAAGCAAACAAGUCUUGUUCUGGUCCUUCUCUUGCAACUCCCAUCAGUGGUUCUCUGGACACGGAACUCAGGGAUAUGAUAUGGUUUUGAAGAUGCUUAAUUAAAGUCGGUUGCUGCCAGUUUAUGAUUUAGGCCGUCUUAACUAUAGAUUCUUUAGCAGAAAUGCGUGGUUUAUGCUUGUUGUCUAUCAGAUCUUAUUAUAUAUUUUAGUGUAUACAUGAUAAGUUCUUGUUUUAGGUUUUAUUAUAUAUUUUGUUUUCAGGUGUUGUAAAUAUCAAUCUGUUCUGAAAACAUAUUUGCGGGAAUGAAAAAUUACAAGGUUCAAGCUUGUUGGGCUUUA